AUGCGGCCUGUUGGUUCUGUGGCGAGGACGGCAUUGGUGUGUUUGGCUGGAAGUCAAGUUGCCAAUGCCCUGACUCUAGAUUUAAGCUCUCCUGAUUCUAUCAAGUCUGUCGCGAGCUCGAUCGCUUUCGAUAUGAUGAGCUAUUACACCGGGAACAAAACUGGAGAAAUACCUGGGAACCUGCCGUGGCCUUACUACUGGUGGGAAACCGGGGCCAUGUUUGGCGCCAUGGUUGACUACUGGUACUACACUGGCGAUACGAGUUACGUCGAUGUGACGACCCAGGCCCUGCUCUGGCAAGUCGGGCCCCAUCGGGACUACAUGACUCCAAAUCAGACGAAAACCGAAGGAAACGAUGACCAGGCAUUCUGGGGUCUUGCAGCAAUGACAGCUGCAGAAGUCAACUUCCCAAACCCGCUGCCAAACCAACCACAAUGGCUCUCCCUCGCACAAGCAGUAUUCAACACCCAAGCUGCGCGCUGGGAUAUGACGAGUUGUGGUGGAGGCUUGAAAUGGCAGAUUUUCACGUUUAACAAUGGCUACAACUACAAAAACUCGAUAUCGAAUGGCUGCUUCUUUAACCUUGCCGCGCGACUUGCAAAAUACACGGGAAACCAGACAUAUGCGGACUGGGCAGAGAAGACGUACGAUUGGAUGGACAGCAUUGAUCUUCUGGACGACAACUACUACGUGUUUGAUGGUUCCGAUGAUACGAUCAACUGCACAAGAACAAAUCGUAUCCAAUGGACGUACAACGCGGGGGCAAUGUUGCUGGGAGCUGCUACUAUGUACAACCACACCGAUGGGUCUGCGAUUUGGAAAACACGGCUAGAUGGACUGAUAAAAGGUCUCGAUGUGUUCUUUCCCACAGACAACAUCAUGCAGGAAGUUGCAUGCGAAAAUAAUGGACUUUGUAACGUUGACCAGCACUCUUUCAAAGCAUACUUGUCCCGCUGGAUGGCCGCGACCACCAAAAUGGCUCCCUAUACAUUCGACACCAUAAUGGCCAAACUCGGACCGAGUGCCGUUGCGGCCGCAAAACAAUGCUCAGGAGGCGAUAACGGCAGGACCUGUGGCAUGAGAUGGACAAUGGGUGAUACCUGGGAUGGCGGUUAUGGCGUUGGCCAGGAGAUGGCUGCUCUGGAGGUCAUUCAAAGCAACCUGAUUGCCCAAGUGGCCGGACCUCUCACGAAUCUGACCGGAGGGACCAGUAUUGGUGAUCCGAACGCUGGUGGCAACAGUCGCAACGUCCCGACUCAAACUGGACCGGUAACUAAGGGUGACAGGGCCGGUGUUGGGAUUCUGACAACCGUUGUCCUCUUCGGAUUCUGUGGCAUGAUCUGGUGCAUGACAUCCUACUACCGCGGCGGUACCUCGCGGGCCCUGAUAUUCCCAUCCUCCUCCCUACCGGAAAACCGCAGCCUCUGGCCCACCAUCUUCCUCUCCGCUCUCGGUUCCCCGGACGUCUACGGCCGCCAACUCGACGGGCUAGGCGGUGGCAUCUCCAGCCUCUCGAAAGUCUGCGUGGUGGGCCGGAGCGCGCCCGGGGAUGCAUACGCGGAUGUCGACUACACGUUUGCGGCUGUCGGGGUGAGGGACAGGGAGGUGGACUUCUCGAGUAACUGCGGGAACAUGACGAGUGCCGUGGGUCCCUUUGCACUUGAUUCUGGGCUUGUUGCGGUGGAGGAGAUAUUGGAGGGGGAGGGGGAGGGGGAUGGGGAUGGAGCCAGGGAUGAAAUGAUGGCGCUGGUCCGGAUCCGGAACACGAACACGGGAAAGAUUAUACAUGCGCGGUUCCCUGUUGUGGAGGGCGAGGCGGCCGCGUACGGCGAUUUUGCGAUUGAUGGGGUGGCGGGGACGGCGGCGCGAGUUGAGUUGAGUUUCGUGGAUCCGGCAGGCUCGAAGACGGGAAAGCUGCUGCCGACGGGGAACGUGGUUGAUGUCUUCGACGGCGUGCGGGCUACGUGUAUCGACGCCGGGAACCCGUGCGUGUUCAUCCAAGCCCGGGACGUCGGUGUGGCUGGCACGAUCUUACCGGACGAUAUCGAUGCUCAUCCUACGCUCCUCGAGACGCUGGACUCGAUACGCAGACGAGCUUCCGUUGCGAUGGGGGUUUCGACGGAUUUGGCUUCUACCCCUGGCUCUAUCCCCAAGAUCGCUCUGGUAUCUCGGAGAUCAUCGCAUGUACUUCUCUCGGGGGAGAUGAUAGAGGGUGCGAAUGUGGAUCUGGUAGUGAGGGCGCUUUCCGUAGGGCAGCCUCACCGCGCGGUCCCGAUCACCGUCGCCAUGGCUGUUGCGGCUGCUGCGAACCUGGAGGGCUCGAUAGUUAGGGGUGUGUUGGAGGGAGAAAGAGUUGAUCAGGGUGGCAUUACGGUGGGACAUCCGAGUGGAAAGAUCUUGGUCGGUGCGAAGUUUGAUGAGAGGGGGACGUUGAAGAAGGUUACGGUUAUUCGGACAGCGAGGAGGUUGAUGGAGGGGUUUGUCUAUUGGAAAUAG